CAUCCUGAUGCUGACGAGGCAGAGAGGAGUCUCUCCAGAUCAGAACAUCAGAUGGACAAAGCUAGCCCUUCCUCCCACCCAGAGUCCCCGUGUCGUGCCUCUCCCGGUAGCACCUUACUGCUGGGUAUGAAGAGGUUGUCUGUGCUGCUGGUGGACUGCAGGAAAACAACGGAGCUGACUGGAACUGUGAGAGGAGGAGAAGAGAAGGAAGGAUCAGAUUUUACUCAUAAAAGAGGAAAACCAAACUCGGCGGAACCAGAGACGUCCAAACCAGCAAGACAACACCUCUGCUCCCAGAUUGGAAAGAGUAUUACCAAAUUAGGAAGCCUGAAAAGACAUGAGAGGACACAACCAGGAGAGAAGCCACACAAUUGCGCCCAGUGUGGAAAGAGUUUUAACCAGUUAGGAAAGCUGAAAGUUCAUGAGCGAAUACACACAGGGGAGAAGCUUUUCCAUUGCGCCGAGUGUGGAAAGAGUUUUAACAAGUUAGGAAACAUGAAAUCUCAUGAGCGAAUACACACAGGGGAGAAGCCUUACCACUGCUCCCAGUGUGGAACUAGGUUUACCAAGUUAGGAAGCCUGAACAGACAUCAGAGGACACACACAGGGUCGAAGCCACACCAUUGCUCCCAGUGUGGAAAGAGUUUUAACCAGUUAGGAAACAUGAGAUCUCAUGAGCGAAUACACACAGGGGAGAAGCCUUUCCAUUGCUCCCAGUGUGGAAAGAGUUUUAGCCAGUUAGGAAGCCUGAAAGCUCAUGAACGAAUACACACAGGGGAGAAACCUUACCACUGUUCCCAGUGUGGAAAGUGUUUUAACCGGUUAGGAAAGCUGAAAGAACACAUGAGACUGCACACAGGGGAGAAGCCUUACAAAUGCUCAGACUGUGGGAAGACAUAUUACUCAUCACAGUCACUUAAAAGUCAUAUGAAAAUCCACACAGGAUAGAAUAAUUACUUCUAGUGUGUAAAUUGAUAUUUCACAUCUCAUUGACUUAAAAUUCAUCAGAGGACAUACACAGUGCUCCCAUUAUCUGUGUGUCAUUCCUCCAGCACUACAGAUAAUCAAGUGAUAUUUGGAUGUGAUGCAUUAGUUCCAUUGUUGACAUUUGUGUUGUUGGCCCACUGAUGAUUUAAUGACAUGAAACUGUUCAUUGACGCCUCCCACUGUAUGAAUAAAUGUUGUUUCCACGUCAUUUCAACUAAAUAAAUCCAUGUGAUGAUGUUAGAUCAAUGUAGAAAACUGAUUGGAUUUGUAAAAAGCAUCAACAUAAGGUAAUUUUUUUUUUAUUCACUGAACUUGCAAUUUAAAUCCAAUGACAAGUGACAUUUUGUGUUGAUUUCGUGUUGAAUUCACUUUAGUUGACGAAUCAAAGAAAUGUAAAUAGAAACUAGAUGUAGAACUGACGUCUGAGCCCAGUGGGCUGGUUUGAAUAAGCAGCAGGUGUUGAAUCUGAUGUAUCAAAUACUUAUGUCAUGCAAUAAAAUGCAAA